CUUCGCUUGUCAAUUUCUUUUCCACACACGCCAUUCAAGGUGCACGUGUAUUAUUCACGAAUUGCUCGAUAUCUAAACUAAAAUGGACAAGCCCAACGUUCUUGCUCGCGUCGUCAAGGUUUUGGGCCGUACGGGUUCCCAGGGACAAUGUACCCAGGUCAAAGUAGAGUUCAUCGGAGAGACUAGCCGUCAGAUCAUCAGAAACGUGAAGGGACCCGUGCGUGAUGGUGACAUCCUCACCCUCCUCGAGUCUGAGCGUGAAGCCAGAAGACUGCGAUAAGCGGUGUAGACGCUGUACAUUAGGUUAAGGCUCGUUAUGUACCAACUAUCAAAACUAUUGUGUUAACAUAAGAAACCGUCAAAGAUGACCAUCUCAUUCUAUUUGCACAUAAUAAACAACUUACCUGUGUA